AUGGACGUCAGAGACCCCCCUGAGGUCUCCAUCUCCGGCUAUGAUGACAACUGGUACCUCGGCCUUAAUAAUGCCACCCUGAGCUGUGAUGCACGGAGCAACCCAGAACCCAUAGACUAUAUCUGGAACACGACCGUGGGCUCCCUGCCUCCCUCUGCUGUGGCCCAGGGCCACCAACUCCUGAUCCGUACUGUGGAUGAGUCAAUCAACACAACUUUUGUCUGCAAAGUCUCCAGCGCCAUAGGGAUGGGACAGGCGGAGCUGGCUGUCCUGGUCAGAGACAGACCUCCUGAGGAGCAGUCACACCCUGGCAUAAAGUCUUUGAUCAUCAUCCUGGUUGUGGUAUCUGUAAUCCUGCUGUUGGUCGGGCUCUAUUUCCUGGUGUUCAGAAGGAAGCGUCAGGAUUCUUACAGCCCCUCUGCUAAUAACACAAGUGCCCACGGGGAUGUCUCCUAUUCAUCAGUGGCCCUUCAAGACAGCGCUCCCCAGGACCCACUGACAGAGGGCACAAGGUGACAGCAUCAAGGCUGAAUGGAGAGAGAGACUGGAGCUGGCAAGGACCUGGCCUCCCUGGCCGGACCCAGGACGCUCUCCAAAGAGACUGACCACCAUCUCCAUGCCAGUCCUUGAGAAUGUCCACUCUGCCUUGCAACACAUUGGCGGGGUACAAGUUCGGGGGUCCCCAAGACCAUCCUCGGCGCAAUAAUUCUCUAGGAAGACUCACAGAACUCAGCAAAGCUGUUCUGCUCAGGGGUGCAGUUUACUGUAGCAAAACGAUGCAGAUUAAAACCAGCAGUGGGAAAAGGUGCACGGGACAGAUCCCAGAAAAGUUCCAGGCUCGAGCUUCGUUGGUCUCUCCCUCUGGAGCCCUGUGGACAAGGCUUAAUUCUCCCAGCAACCAUGUUUGACACUAGGGAAGCUCCCCUGAGCCUUGGUGUCCAGGGUUUUUAUUGGAGUCAGUCACAUGGACAUGGCUGAUCACCUGCAUAGGUGCUCUUUCUCUCCAGCCCCUCCAGUGGUCCAAGACCUCCACCACAAAUCACACCGAUAGCAUGGACCACCCAGAAUGGCCCAAAGCCCCCAGGCAAACAAAGACACUCCCACUGGGCAAAACAUUCUAGGCUUAGAGAGCCUCUCCCAGGAGCCAAAGGGCCAAACCUUUUUUUGGACGAGGUUCAUCUUUUAUUGCACAGCGAGCCACCCAGAAUGUUCUGGCUGCCAAAGAAUUUUUCAAGAACUUGGACUCUGUCCUGGAGCUGUCAAAUCUCUACUAUUACUUGAAUCUCUGGGGUUACAAGAAAUAACAGCUGGUGCUUGUCGUUGAAAGCAACAGGGGCUGGAACCUUGGCACCCAGACAGCUGAUUGGGGGCUUCCAAGGAGCAGGAACCGGUGGGCACAAACUUAGAAUUUGGCACUGAGCUGAGUCAUCACCAGGCACCAUUCUGCCGAGGUUCAGGCCCCUGAAAAGUGUCUGCAGCCAGCGUGCUGGGAUUGACAGGACCUCAUGGAGCGGGGUGGGGGUCAUUAACCCACCAAGGAAGGAGCCCUGGUGACGCAGUGGUUAAAGCACUCGGCUGCUA